CGGCAGACGGCUGAACGAGCUCCUCUUCUUUCUUCGCAACGACCACAAAUCGACAUGGCCAGAGGAAGCAGGCCGAAGCCGAGUAGCGGCAGCUCUGCCCGCGGAGGUAAUAACAACAGCGGCUCGCCUCGCUCGAGAGUCGACGCCUCGACGGCUUCGCUGGCGCGGUGGGAGAACGAAGACGAUAUUCCCGACGACGAUGAAGACGCCUUCCACAGGCAGCGCGACAAGCUCGUCUUUGGCGACGAUGACGAAGGCGGGGACGAGGAUCAAUUUGACGCCCUCGGAGGUGGCAGGGAAGUCCUCGGGUUGAAGGGCGCCGACGAGGAUGGAAGUGAGGACGAAGAAGAGGAGGACGAGGACGAGGAGGGCGAGGAUGAAUAUGAAUAUGAAGAGGCAAAUGAACCAAAAGGAAAGGCAAGAGGGGCGGGGAUCGCUGCUCCUCAAGUAGAGUCAGACAGCGACGAAGAGGAUGAGGACAACGAGGGAGAAGAAGACGAGGAGGACAGGAGAGUGGCAAGCGAAGGCUGGGGUCCAAACAAGCGAUCGUACUACAGCACAAACGAUCUCGAGGACCUCAGUUCAGACUCGGAGAUGGAUGAGGAGGAGAGGCGGGAGAUGGAGCUGAGAGAAGUCAAGCGGCUCCAGGCCAAGUCGAGGCAGGGCAUGGACGACGACGACUUUGGCCUCGCGGAGGUGAGCAAGGACCGCAUGCGUGGCACCGCCUCCAGUAGGGAACAACGGCGAAGAGACCUCGAUGGUGCUGCUUCCGAUCCCGUCGCGCCCUCCAAGGAGGAAGCCUUGCCUUCGGAUCCUGCUGCAAGGUCCCUCCUUGUGGCCCGGGUGCAAAAGACGACGCCAGAGACGAUUGCGCUGGCGGGCGAGUUUGCCGACAUCGUCGAUGACGUCUCCAGAAAUAUCGAGACAAUCAACGAGGCCAUGGCCAAGAAUCCAGAUGACCCCAGCAUGGGGCUCAUGCAACUCCAUCACCAGACACUCCUGACCUACAUCACGACGCUGGCUUUUUACUUUCACCUGCGCUCAUCGCCCGCCUAUGCCAGCGACCCCACGAAGCUGCAGUCGCAUCCCGUCCUCGAGCGUCUCAUGAAGCUCAAGAAGGGGCUUUCAGUCAUGGAGGACUACGGGUUCGGGGCUGGAUCCGAUGGAGGCGAGGUAGGGGAGGAGGAGGAAGAGGAGGAAGAGGAGGAGGAAGAUGAAGACGAAGGCAUGGACCUCGAUGACAUCAAAGCGGCGCCCAUCGCUGAGGGCUCCGAUGAUGGGAGUGUCUCUCUAGGAAGCCUCGAGGACGACGAGUUAUCUCAACUCGCAGCGGAAGAAAAAGAGAAUGCCGUCCCCAAGACAAAAUCGAAGUUGCCGUCCCAGGUGCAGAAGGGUAGGAAACAGCUGUCGGAGAAGGAAAGCACACUCUCGAGGGGAGCUGCAACUUCUGCGCGAUCAGAGAAGAAGGAAAAGAAGAGCAAAAAGGGCGCGAAGGAGCCUGCACCUCCGCUGGCCGAACUGGCCGACCUCGAUGAAGAUGAGCUGGUGGGCGACUUGGCCGCGUCCCUCAGCAGCAACAAGAAGAAACGAGGAGUGAAACGGACAGUGUCUGACGAGGAGGCAUUUGACGGCCUCGGUGAGCCUACAGCGCUGUCGGCCUCGGAUUCGCUCGACAAGGAGGCGCGAAAGAAGUCGCUCCGCUUCCAUACCAACCAGAUUGAUGCGCGAGACGCCAGGAGGAAGCAGCAGCUGGGCGGGCCUUCGGUCGGUGGCGACACCGACAUUCCUUACCGCGACCGAGAGCGGAGCAGGUUGGCCGUCCAGCAGGCCGCUGCGAAGCGGGCCGCAAAGGACGGAGCAAACAAUGAGGGUCUCGAUCUCGACGGCGGUGAUUGGGGCGAGGCAGACACGAGGGACUGGAGGGACGUCAUGGGUGUCGAGGGCAAUGCAGCCGGCGCCUUGUCGUCCAAGCCCAACGACGAUGACGACGACGACGCCGGUGCGGCCGACUAUUACGACCUCGUGGUAAGCGGCAAGCGCGCGGCCAAGAAGCAGAAGAAGGAGGAGCACGAUGCCGCCAAGCUUGCCCUGCGCGACGAGCUGAUGAGCGAGGCAGCGGGCGAGGCGGGCGACCACCGUGGCAUCGACCGAGCAAUCGAGAAGAACCGCGGCCUGACGCCGCGCCGCAACAAGGCCUCGCGCAACCCGCGCGUCAAGAAGCGCCAGAAGUACGACCAGGCGCAGAAGAAGCUCUCGUCGACGCGGCCCGUCUUCAAGGGUGGCCAGAACAGCUUGCAGGGUGGCUACUCGGGCGAGGCGAGUGGUAUCAGCAGCAAUGUUGUCAAGAGUCGCAGAUUUGCGUAAGAUUCUUGGCUUAUGGCUUUCUCUUGCAAUGGAUCGUCAGUUGUGC